AGACUGUGUUGGCGGCGGACAAUUCUCGUAGACAAAACAUCAUCGAGCCUCGGGGUCCAGACCAUCUUCCGAGGUUUGUCCUCUCCGCAAAACGACAAAUUGACCUGAACCCAUCGCUUUCUGGGCCAUACUUUGCAGGCACCGGGUGCAGAGUGACCAAUUUAUUUCCGCUCGUUCAUGCCCACUCUUGUGUUUUAAUCGUCAUGAAGGCUUGUUGCGCAAGAUACGCGGCCGCUCUUGUCGCUCCAAACACUGCUGCCCGCACUGCAAGUCUUGCGUCUAGGUCAAGAGCUCAGUUUCUUUCUUACAAUCUUGGCCGAAGAACGAUGUCUUCGACACCGGCAAGAUACGGGGACCUCCCCAAAGAACUCCCCGGCGAUGAUCCAGACGAUGUCUUGUUCAACUCCCUGUACGGUGUGCGAACCAUUGAACUCAACCGACCGAAAAAGCUCAAUUCUCUGAAUGGGUCAAUGGCGAGGAAGAUUCUCCCCCGGCUGCGAGAAUGGGAGAAGUCGCAGAUCGCAAAUAUUGUCAUGAUCAGUGGAGCAGGUCCGAAGGCAUUUUGUGCUGGUGGUGAUGUCGCGGAACUUGCAAACCAAAAUAGGCAGGGACCAGAAGGGCAGAAGAAAUCGUCAGACUACUUCGCACUCGAAUACAAACUGGACCACUUGAUCGCAACCUACAGCAAGCCGUAUAUCGCAGUUAUGGACGGCAUCACCAUGGGCGGAGGUGUUGGUCUGUCGGUCCACGCCCCUUUCCGGAUCGCGACCGAGAAGACUGUCUUUGCUAUGCCUGAAACCACCAUUGGAUUCUUCCCCGACGUGGGUGGAAGUUUCUUCCUCCCCCGUUUGGAUGGUGAGAUUGGUACAUACUUGGCGUUGACCUCUGAGCGGCUUCAUGGUGUGCAAGCAUUUUAUGCCGGAAUUGCUACGCAUUACCUGGACAGCUCUGUCCUCGCGCAGUUGACCACUCGAUUGUCCGAGUUGGUCUUCCCUGACACGGCAAGCUUGAUGGAUCGACUUCAGCUCAUCAACUCUACCAUUUCCGAGUUUGUAAGCACCCUACCGUCGCCACACUCGUACGAGGCUGCAAAAUACGGCGAUCUUACUGGCUCACUGCGGGAGGCAAUCGACCGGACCUUCAAGUACGAUACGGUCGAGGAAAUCCUUAGCGCCCUCCGCAGAGAGUCCGAAUCAUCGGACCAGAAGAUUGCCGACUGGGCACAAGCGACUCAGAAGACGAUUUCUUUGAGAUCGCCUACCAGCUUGCGUGUGACAUUGCGACAGCUACGCGAAGGGAGACACUGGAACAUUACUGAGACUUUCAUUCGGGAACACAAAAUUGCAACCAAAUUCAUGGCCCACCCGGACUUUGUGGAGGGCGUCACAGCCCGUCUGAUCAACAAGCCCCCAACCAAGCCACAGUGGAAGCCCGCAACCCUGGAAGAAGUGUCCAAGGAAGCGGUGGAUGAAUUCUUUGCCGACUCUAGCGAGGAGGAGGCGUUGACCUUGGUGGAUCCGUAUCCGGGGGCACUUGACCAGCACUACACUGAAUAUCCUCAUGCCGUCUUCUCCCUGCCACGGGAGAUUGAUAUUCAAGGAGUGGUGCGAAGCUACGGCCGACAAGGGUCGAAGAGAGUGAUUGAGGAGGUGCUCAAGAAGUGGAAUCACAAAGCCGGCGUGAGAGAGAAGGUCGAGGAAGUCCUUGCACGCAAGACCAUAUCGGCAGAUGGCAAGGCGAUAUCCUGGAAGAGCAAGGAUGCCAACUUGUAGAAUAGGAUGUAGCGCCCUGUAUAUGUUGGCCAUCAUAAUAGAACAUAACUCGCUGUACAGA